AAACGAUUUGAGGUGCAAUAGCUUGAGAUGUAGAAAAUUAUUAAUAAAUGAAACCAAAGCUGUAACGACGACGUGCUCUCGUGGGACUAUCUAAAGCUAUAUAUGAUCAACAACUUAUAAUAAUAGACAUAUUUUGCAUCAGAUGCGCUACAGAUCUCUUCGAAAAUAGCCACAAUUGUCCAGCUUGUCAUACUAGUUUACAUGAACCAGAUGAUAUCAUUGCAGGUUAAUUAUUAUUUAGAUAAGCGCUGAAAUUGAUAGCCAGCUCAAUUCACUCAGUCCAACGGAAGAUUACAAGAGUAGUUGCUUAGCUGGACUAUCCCCUUCUUUGAUAUUUGACAUCGCAGGAAGGGCUAUCAGAUUCUGGCAAUACCAGCAUUCUGAAGAGAGCUCAUUUCAGUCUAUUCUUCUCAGGGAUUCACAAGAGAAGCUUGCUGUCAUUGAGCGUAAGUCAGAAAUUCAGGCGAGAGAAUGUAUGUCUCAAAUCGGACAUAUACAUGUUUUCUAACAGUUGCAUCAAGCUAACAAUGAGAUCGCAAGUGGGUGAUCCAAUGGUUACUUCUUAUUAUUCAAUCAACUCAAUUAUAGCUCUUCAAAUGCAAAUUAACAGCAUUAGCGCAGAAUUAGGCAGUGAGCGUCGCAAACUACAGAACAUCUUGAAGUCACACCAAGAGCAGGAAAAUGAAAUUAGAAGGCUGAAGAGCAAAAGUGACACCAAGAGACAAGGAAUACAUUAUGAAAGACUAUCAAGAUCUGCAGCACAAAUACCACCCUCAGAUAGGGUGAGCAUAUAAAGGUUUUUUUAUAUUAUUCAUACCUAUAAUCAAUGCAGAUGCACACACCUACCAUUCAAGGAGCUCAUAUUCCUCCAACACCAAAUAGGGUAGCUUCUGCCAACAUUUACUCAAC